UUCCUCUCUCUUCACCGUUUUCUUUUUGGCUUCCAUGAAAUCCCUGUUUUUUUUAGUGUUCUUGGUUGAUUACCUAAGUUAAGUACCGAAUCUGCAAUCUGGAUCUCACCCCUCUUCUCCUUCGUGGAAGGACCGGGCCGCACUUCCGUCCUCGCUCUUGGGCUGCAGCAACGACUCCACGGAAAGCGAACAGAACGAACGCUUCACAUGGAAGAAGCGCAGCGGUAAAAAAUAAAACACGAUCGGUCACCUAUUACGGUAAACCACAGAGUACGAAGAUGGAUUAUCAUGCGAUUCACGGCCACGAUAUCUCGAGCUUUGAUCUACCCUCAACACAUCGUCUCCCUACCGUCUCGGCCGCACAGGCUCUGGAAGACUUGGAAGGAGACAACUCCAACUUCAUCCCAACCGGACUUGCAGCUCUCGAUGCGUCUCUCGGCCCGGAGUUGGCUAGCGUUGGGCAAGCCGGAAUCCAAAAAGGGCAUGUGACAGAGAUCUGGGGCCCUCCGGGGGCAGGAAAGACAGCGUUUGGACUCCAGCUCGCUUCCCACUGUCUCAGCGAAGGCCGCGGGGUUGUUUGGGUUGAUGGAUUCCAUCGCGUACCCAUCGAGCGUCUGCGCGCUAUCGUCGACAAAAAGAUCGGCGAGGGCGAGGAUGCAGAUCUCGACGGUCUCGACGCCUUUUCCCACUACACAUGCCCGAGCCUGCCGCAUUUGAUUGCGCUGCUAUGCAGGCCUACCGGGUUCUGUGUCCCGCAAGGGACAUCACUCGUGGUUGUCGACUCGCUCUCUGCCCUGGUCAACCAUACUUUCCCGAAGGUACCCGAAACACGCUCAUCCAGGGACGCCAAAGGUAACAAAGGACCUUCCGCUUCAGCCCGUAGGCUACAGGUUCUUCAAUAUAUUGUCGGCGGUCUUCAGAAGCUCGCUGCAACGCGAGACCUGGCCGUCGUGGUUCUCACUCAAUGUGCCACCAAGAUGCAGGCGGAACGCGGUGCCGCCCUGGUCCCGGCCAUUAACGCCAGCGUUUGGGAGCAGGGAAUGUCGACCAGACUCGUCCUGUUCCGGGACUGGCUGGAGGAGGGUCCAGAGACGCGGGGCUUGCAUUUUGUGGCGAUCCAGAAACUGAAUGGCAAGGGCGUUGGGCCCAUGAUUGAGAGUGUCUGCGCCUUCGAGGUGGAUCAACGCGGCCUGGUUCCGGUCCAGUACGACGACACCCAGCAGUCCAGGACACUCACGUCCACCCCAGCCCCGAAACGGAAACUUGGAGAUACCGACUUCGAGGUUGCCGACAGCGACGAUGAAGGCUACGGCUGGGACGACGACGAGGAACUCCCACCCAUGCCGUCACAGUGGCAGGGAAGCGAGGAUCUAUUACUCGUACGUAAGCCGGGAAGCGAUGACGACAACGAGGACGAUGGGCACCCGGUCGACGCCCGCGAAAGCGAAGAUGAAGAACCAGUCGAUGACAACGACUCAUCCGAUCAACCGAGCGAGCCAGACCAUCCGGCAAGCCAAUGAAGGCGCGGUUGACUUCACAUCCCAAACGCCUCUGCCCACUGCGACGACACCAGCCUCUCUAGCCCUCGGCAGAACCGUGUCCAUG